UACCAUCUUUCUAAUCAUUCUAGAUCCGCGAUCAGGUGCUGAGAGAAGAUAUCUUGGAACCACUUUCCAAUGGCAUUGAGCAGCCAAAGGGCCUUCACUUCAGCUACUGCAGUUUGUCCAUGGAAAUACCAAGUGUUUUUGAGUUUCAGGGGUGAAGACACUCGCAGGGGUUUUACAGACUAUUUAUACAAACAGUUGGACUGGCGAGGAAUUAGAACUUUCAGGGAUGAUCCAGAUCUUGAAAGAGGGACAGAUAUCAAUCCGGAACUUCUGACCGCGAUUGAACAAUCAAGGUUUGUAAUCAUAGUUCUUUCAACAAACUAUGCUACGUCAAGUUGGUGUUUGCGGGAACUAGCCCAUAUUGUUCAGUCCAUGAAAGAGAAGGAGAGAAUUUUCCCAAUCUUUUAUGAUGUGGAUCCCUCUGAUGUACGACAUCAACGGGGGAGUUUUGGGACAGCCCUCGUUAACCAUGAAAGGAAUUGUGGUGAAGACAGACAGGUGGUGCUUGAGUGGAGAAAUGCUUUAGAAAAAGUUGCUAAUCUCGCUGGGUGGAAUUCAAAGGAUUAUAGGUAUGAAACAGAGUUUAUCACAAAAAUUGUUGAUGCAGUGUGGGAUAAAGUGCAUCCCACAUUUUCAUUGUUAGAUUCCUCAGAGAUAUUAGUCGGACUUGAUACUAAACUAAAAGAAAUAAAUCUGCAUUUAGAUACAAGCGCAAAUGAUGUGCACUUUGUGGGGAUAUGGGGGAUGGGCGGAAUGGGUAAGACAACCCUAGCUAGAUUAGUUUGUGAGAGACUUUCUCAUAAUUUUGAAGGUAGCAGCUUUCUUGCAAAUGUCAGAGAGGUUUAUGCAACACGUGGUCUAGUUCCUUUACAGAAACAGCUUCUUUCCAAUAUCUUGAGGGAAAAAAAUAUACAAGUUUAUGAUGCGUAUAGUGGAUUGACUAUGAUAAAGAGGUGUCUAUGUAAUAAAAAGGUUCUUCUUAUUCUUGAUGAUGUAGAUCAAUCAGACCAACUGGAAAUGUUGAUCAGAGAAAAAGACUGCUUUGGUUUGGGAAGUAGAAUCAUCAUUACAACUAGAGAUGAACGUUUGUUGGUCGAACAUGGGAUAGAGAAAGUAUAUAAGGUCAUGCCAUUAACCAAAGACGAAGCUCUUUAUCUCUUUAGUAGGAAGGCCUUUAGAAAAGAUGACCUUGAAGAAGAUUAUCUAGAACUGUCUAAAAAAUUCAUAAAGUACGCACAAGGUCUUCCAUUAGCUCUUAAAACUUUGGGGUCUUUUUUGUAUAAAAGAAGUCGAGAGGAAUGGAAGAGUGCACUAGAUAAACUGAAGCAAGCUCCUGACAGAAAAAUUUAUCAAAUUUUGAAAAUAAGCUAUGAUGGACUAGAGGAGAUGCAGAAGAAAUUUUUUCUUGAUGUUGCAUGUUUCCAUAAGUUUUGUGACAAGGAAAAAGUGAUUGAAAUGCUAGACAGUUGCGGUUUUGUUGGCACUCGUAUUGUGAUACAUGUUCUUAUUGAGAAAUCUCUCUUGUCUAUUUCAAACACGAGUUUGUCCAUUCAUGAUUUGAUACAAGAAAUGGCACGGGAGAUUGUUCGUCAAGAGUCUGUUGACGAGCCAGGUGGUCGCAGUCGCUUGUAUCUUCACAGUGACAUCGUUCAUGUACUCACGAACAAUACGGUAAGAAGUUCCAUUAAAGGCAUAGUCCUAUGCUUGCGUGAAUUUGAAGCGGCACACCGGAAUCCUGAAGCGGCACACUGGAAUCCUGAAGCAUUCACUAAGAUGUGUAAACUAAAGUUGCUCAAGAUUAAUAAUUUGCGCCUUUCUUUGGGCCCAAAGUAUCUUCCCAAUUCCUUAAGGUUUCUGGAGUGGAGUUGGUAUCCCUCCAAAUGUCUGCCACCAAGUUUUCAACCUGGUGAGCUUGCUGAACUUCAUCUGCAGCAUAGCAAAAUUGAUCACCUUUGGAAUGGAAUAAAGUACAUGGUGAAGUUGAAAUCUAUUGAUCUUAGUUACUCCGAGAACUUGACAAGGACCCCAGAUUUCACAGGUACUCAGAAUCUUGAGAGGUUGGUUUUUGAAGGUUGUACUAAUAUUGUUAAGAUUCAUCCAUCCAUUGCCUCUCUCAAAAGACUAAGAGUUUUGAAUUUUAAAAACUGUAAAAGCAUUAAGAGUCUCCCAAGUGAAGUAGAACUAGAAUCUCUUGAAACAUUUGAUCUUUCUGGGUGCUCAAAAGUGAAAAAGAUUCCAGAAUUUGUGAGAGAAAUGAAGAAUUUUGCGAAGCUUUCUUUAAGCUUCACUGCUGUUGAGCAAAUGCCUUCAUCAAUGAUACCUUUGAUCCCGAGUUUGAAGGAGAUUGAUAUGAGUGGAAUUUCUAUGAGAGAUGCGUCAUCCGCCCUGGUUCCAGUGAAAAAUAUCAAACUCCCUAGAUCAUGGCAUUCUUUCUUCACUUUUGGCUUACUUCCAAGAAAGAAUCCCCACCCUGUGAGUCUGGUGUUAGCUUCCUUAAAAGAUUUACGCUUUUUGAAGCAUCUAAAUCUGAGGUACUGCAAUCUUUGUGAAGGAGCAAUACCUGAAGAUAUUGGUUUAUUGUCCUCAUUAGAAGAAUUAAAUCUUGAUGGAAACCAUUUUGUUAGCCUUCCUGCAAGCAUCAGUGGGCUUUCUAAGCUUGGGGAGUUCACAUUGAACAAUUGCAAAGGGCUUCAAAAAUUGCCAAGCCUUCCAUCAAACGGGCUUUUUUGUGUAAACACUGAUAAUUGUACUUCCUUAAAAAUAUUCCAUUUUGAUCCAACACAGAGGUGCGGUGGAAGAAACAUUAUUAUUUUUUCUUUCAACUGCUUCAGUUUGGUUGAUCAUCAAGGUUCCAGUUCCAUAAUAUAUUUAAUGCUGAAGAAAUUCCUUCAGGAAAUUCCUCCUUCAUUGAAAGACUUCAGAAUUGUAAUUCCUGGAAGUGAAAUUCCUGAGUGGUUCAGUAAUCAAAGUGUGGGAGACUCAGUAAUUGAGACGCUACCUUCGGAUUCUAAUAGCAAGUGGGUGGGGUUUGCUUUUUGUGCUCUAUUUGUACCUCUUGAAGAAAUUUCAGCUACGGAACGUAAUACAAUCUAUUUUCAUCGCCUUUUUGAUUUAAACACCCCUGCACCCUUGGCUCAUGUUCUUCACGUCAUUGAUGUAGUGUCCGAUCACCUUUGGUUGAUCCUCCUGCCUAGGGAAAGUUUGUUUGAGGGAGCAACCGGGAGACCUGGGACCUAUUGGAGGGAGAAAUGCCAUGAUCGUAAGAUUCGGUUUCAUUUUGAAGCCCGAACAUAUUAUAUAGAAGAGAAUAGGUGGGUGAAGAUGAAGACGUGUUUGAAGGUCAAGAACUGUGGAGUCCGCAUACUGUACGAACAAGAUGCGGAAGAGCUCAACCGAACAAUGAAACAAUAUUCCAACAGAAAGAAUUCUUUUUAUGAGGACGUUACAGAUUGUGAUAUUGACAAAUCAGACAAGGUACAAGGUGCCAUCACUAAGCGAACACGUGAACAGUACUGUAAUGAGGCAGGACCAAGCGGUAUUGGUAACCUUGGCAAAGAAUCACUCUGCAAAAGAAUGAAAGAAGACUAACUGUCCAGUGCCUCAAAGGAAGACUUGAAAGGUUGGUAUUGCUAACACUCCCGGUCUUCAUAGUCUGAGUUAAUCGAGUACAAGGACGAAUUAAUCAUUGGCGGAGGUGGUUCCAUCGGAUCACGACGUGGGGGAGUAUUUUCCUUCGGAGGACGUAAUAGUGCCAAUUCUUUCAGACACGGAACGCACCACUGGAACCGAUUGCGGGCAUUGCUCACUUGAGGAGCCAUGUGUAAUGGUUUUCCUCUUUUUUGUU